CGGAGAUACACCAAACACUGGCUGCUUUGUCAAUCUUCACCCUCGCGGCCAUAAGUCUUACUGUACCUGCAGCAUGGUUGAACGUGGGGUUCGCGGAUUCGGGCAGUUAGCCGCUGUCAACGGAGAUAUAAACCGUUGACUGCCCGCUCCAACAGUCUCUUCUUCUGACCUUGUCUUCCUCCUCGCCGUCUUCCUCCACCGACACCAUGCCCUCCACCCUCUCAACCCUCAGCUGGCUAGCCCUCGUAGCACCAGCCCUCGCCCUCCCCAGCCAUGGCGUCCCAGGCAAGAACCAGACGGGCAUCAAACCCAUCACGAGAAUCCAGCUUGGCCCCCGACCGUACUGGCUAAUCGACCAGAUGGAGGACUCCCCCCUCAAGACCAAGCUCCGAUCUUGCUCCGAAAAGGAGAUGCGCCCCAGCCGUUGGAGCAUCGGUCACCGCGGUGGCGGCACGUUGCAGUUUCCCGAGGAGACGGAGGCGAGCAUCCUGGCUGGCACUCGUAUGGGCGCGGGAAUCGAAGAGUGCGACGUAACCUUUACCUCCGACCGGCAGCUCAUCUGCCGGCACUCGCAAUGCGACUUGCACACCACCACCAACAUCCUCACGAUCCCUUCGCUGGCCGCCAAGUGCACCGUCCCUUUUACUCCCUACAACGCCACGACCAAGCAAUCGGCAACCGCCAAGUGCUGCACCAGUGACUUCACUCUCGCCGAGCUUACCGAAACCAAGGGGCUCUGCUCAAAGAUGGACUCUUCCGAUCCCCAGGCUACAACACCGGAGGAGUACCAGGGCAACGUACCCGGCUACCGCACCACGCUCUACUCCGGCCCCGGAACCUGCCACAAGCUGUUGACCGUCAAGGAGUACAUUGCGCUCGUCGAAGCGCUGGGCCUGGAUUUCACCCCGGAGCUGAAGACGCCGGAGGUCGAGAUGCCUUUUGGUUCCAUCAACUUUACGCAAGAAGCGUUCGUCCAGCAGUUGAUUGACGAGUUCAAGGCGGCGAAGAUUGACCCCAAGCGCGUCUGGCUCCAGAGCUUCUUGUAUGACGACGUGUUGUACUGGCUGCGCGCCGAGCCGGAGUUUGCAAAGCAGGCAAUUCUCCUCGACGAGUCGGGUGAUGCUCCGAGCACCAUCUCCGCUGCCACUGCCUCCCUGGUAAAGUAUGCGCAAGACGGCGUCAAGAUCGUUGCCCCUCCCCUUCAGUAUCUGGUGUCGACUGUCACCGACCAGGACGGCAAGGUCAAGGUGGUUGCGAGCGAGUAUGCCAAGCAGGCGAAGAAGCUUGGGUUGAAGGUGAUCAGCUGGAGUUUGGAACGAUCCGGAUGGCUCGCGGACAGCACCAAGGGAGGGUAUUACUACUCGACGAUUGCGAAUGCCACGGCGGCAAGGGGAGAGGGCGUUGUGUACGAGCUGCUCGAUGUUCUGGCAAGCAAGGAGGUCGGGGCGAUUGCCGUUUUCAGUGACUGGAGCGCGACCGUCAGUUACUAUGCGAAUUGCUUUGGGUUGUUUCCUUGAUUGCGGGUGUUCUUGUACAUACCAGACUGUAGUCCAACGGAUGGAAUUGAGCCUCGUUUGCCAGUGA